ACCAUAAACCACAAUUUCGAAACUGGGAGGAUCUUGCAAAAGUCGUCGUUCAGUCCUUCCAGCAAACACAUGACCAACCAGGCCUGAAAUCAACACAGGACCGCUGCGUUUGCCACCAUGAUCCAAACACGGGCUUUUUUACUGUCUUUUGUUUUCUUUGCCUUCAGUUUUGUAGUAGUUUUUGGUCAGACGACGACCAGUCCAGCAACAAACUGCACUAUAAAAUCCAACACAUCUUGUGAAGAAUGUCUUAAGGUUGUUUCGUGUUUGUGGUGCAUCUCAAACCAGAAAUGCAUCGACUAUCCAGUGAAGAGCAUUCUACCCCAUCACAGUGUUUGUCCGCUCUCUGAAGCACGAUGGGGAGUGUGCUGGAUGAAUUUCCAGACUCUUAUCAUUACUAUCUCUGUGAUUGCUGGGGUGAUCAUCAUCGCCAUAUUUGUCUGCUGUUUCUGCUGCUGUAAAUGUGAAAACAUUGGGUCUAAAAGGAGUGAUGAACGAAUGGAGAGACAAGCUCACCUGAGGAAGUUUCGCCAAGAGGAGAGGAAAGCAGAGAUGAAGCAGAGGCAUGAAGAACUGCGACUGAAAUAUGGUUUGAACAAGGAUAACCCGUACUCCAGAUUUGAGAACAGCUAAGAAACUUCUGAUGAUGCUCCACUGUUGUCUUAUGUUUUACCUCACACCUUAUGCAAAAAUUGAACACAUAUCCUGCACUCCACAAAAACUAAUUUUAUUAACUCACACCAGGAUAUUCAGUGAAUCUUUAAGCAAACCACAAUUUAGACAUUGUAUUUAUGAUGCCUUGUAAAUAAAGUACAUUGAAGACAUUUCCAAAUACGUGUCAACAAAAUCAAGUAAGACAUGUUGAUAAUUGAGUCUGCGUUGGACUUUGCCGGUUUUGGCUGAGUUGGUUGGCAGUACAUGAAAUUAUUUUUUUAUUUAGCCUCAGUGAAUUUUAGCUGUGAAGCUUUUUACUCAGAUUAAACUAGGACUUAUCUUGAAUAAAUAUAGAAAACAUGCUUUAAUUCAGUGUGCUUUUAUAGAUUGAUUUCGUAAACAUUUCAUAUACAUUUUAAAGUGAAGUUGAUUUGUCUGUGCUUUUGCUAGUUUGUUGACAUUUCAAUAUAACUUGUAUAUGUGCUGCAUUUUUCAUUUUUCAUGUUUUAAUCACUAGCUUAUUCUAUUCACCAAAGUUUUGAUUUGUCAGUGCAAUUUAAGUCAGAUAAACUGUGAGAAAGAAAUCAAUAAAGGUGAAAAUAUUGUA